GUAAACGCUCAUGAUUCCUGCCCCACUAAACCACAGCCUUGUGUGCAUGUUGCAGGCUGUCUGUCCAACCUGCCACCCAACGCCAAGAAGAUCUCCAACUCCUACGAGGAGCGGCGGAAGCAGGCCACCGCCAUCGUGUUGCUAGGGGUGAUAGGGGCGGAGUUUGGCGCCGAGAUUGAGCCACCGAAGGGCGCUGGUAGGGCGAGGAUGGGAGGACAAGCACCCGAGGGCUUUGGACCGGCCAGCGGAGGCUCCUCCAACUACUCUCUGGCCAGACACACCUGUAAGGCGCUGACCUUCCUGCUGCUCCAGCCCCCCAGCCCCAAGCUGCCCCCCCACAGCACCAUCCGCCGCACAGCCAUCGAUCUGAUUGGCCGAGGCUUCACCGUGUGGGAGCCAUAUAUGGACGUGUCGGCGGUGCUCAUGGGCCUGCUGGAGCUCUGCGCCGAUGCUGAGAAACAACUGGCCAACGUCACCAUGGGUCUCCCUCUCAACCCUCCGGCGGACUCUGCUCGCUCGUCCCGCCACGCUCUCUCUCUCAUCGCUACGGCUCGGCCACCUGCCUUCAUCACCACCAUCGCUAGAGAGGUCCACAGGUUCAAUGCUGCCCAGGCCAACUCCCAGUCCCAGCAGAACGUCCACACCAGCACCCUGGCCCGGGCCAAGACCGAGAUCCUCAGGGUGAUCGACAUACUCAUAGAGAAGAUGCCUGGAGACGUAGUGGAUCUACUGGUGGAGGUGAUGGACAUCAUCAUGUAUUGCAUUGAGGGUUCACUGGUCAAGAAGAAAGGACUACAGGAAUGCUUCCCUGCUAUCUGCAAGUUCUACAUGGUGGGCUACUGUGACCGAAGCCACCGCAUCGCAGUGGGGGCACGCCAGGGCUCCGUGGCGCUGUACGACGUCAGGACCGGGAAGUGCCAGAACAUCCAUGCUCAUAAGGGUCCAAUCACUGCGGUGUCAUUCGCUCCUGAUGGCCGUUACCUAGCAACCUACUCCAACCUAGAAAGCCAUAUCUCUUUCUGGCAGAUGAACACCAGCCUGCUGGGCAGCAUCGGCAUGCUGAACUCUGCCCCCCAGCUGCGCUGCAUCAAGACCUACCAGGUGCCCCCGGUGCAGCCCGCCUCGCCCGGCUCCCAGAACCACCUCAAGCUGGCCCGCCUCAUCUGGACCUCCAACCGCAACGUCAUCCUCAUGGCCCACGACGGCAAGGAGCACCGCUUCAUGGUCUGACCGCCCCCCUGCCCACGCCACUUCCUGCCCGCGCCACUUCCUGCCCUCCACACUUCCUGCUCGGGCCGCUCCCCGUCUGGCCCCGAGCUGGGGGGGGGGUUCUGGGAGGUCUAUUGAGGGUCUAACGUACUAGGGGGCUGUGAAGGGUCUUUGGUCUGAAGCGUUUAGUGUUAAAGUGAAUCUGAAGAUAUAAUGUCUGUACAUACUGGAAUACUACGCUUUAGUGGUAAGAUAAAGAUUAAGAUAAGAUGUACGUAUUAUUUAGUAGAAACACCAGAUAGUUGUGAACUAUACAAACCUUUCAACUCUCAAACGAUUAGUCAGAAAAUGUAAACCUUUGAAGGGGUAUGUUUGGCGAUUAAACAUUUUGUUUACUUUACUAUCACCAAUAUUAGAUCAUUUUGGAAAAUAUUUGUUCCAAGGCCGUCUGGAUUUCAACCACCACCCCGCUACACUGAGUUGGUUAGGUCCGUGACCGCUGGCCAAUGAAGGGUUCUUUCACUGUUUGAAUCUGAUAGUUUGUUCUUCGUGCUUCUGGAUUGGCUGUAGAUAAUGUUUUUUGUUGCUCGGUUACCAUGGCGGUGGACCCAAACACACCUGUUUACAUUGUUGUUGUUGUUGUUGUUGUUGUGUUUGUUUCAUGCAUUCCUAUUUAAGGGUGGUUGGUUUCACCGCCCUGGCCUCAGCCCCCGGAGGUGGAGCCAGGAGGUCAUGUGAUCUGAACCCACCAAUAGGGCGCGGCCCCACCGGGGCCCAGCCCUUGUGGGGCGCUGUGUGAUGUGUGUUGUCGUUGUGUAUUGCUGUUGUGGUUGAUGGUAUCAACGUUACCCUUUCGAAGGUUUCCCCCAGCGUUUGUGCAACAGUGUGUGUGCGUGUGAGUGUGUGUUUUCAAAUCCCUAAAGGUAAUGCGCCCUAUUCCCAAGUCUCUUGUAUAUUACACAUUUCCCUCAUAUAAAUCGUAUAAUCAGAUGUAUGUGUCUGUGUGUGUGUGUGUUUGUAUAUACACACAGAAUGGUAGGCUCGCGUGUGGUGUAAUCAUCACCACAUCGUGUGAUGCCUUGACGGUAGAUUCAGGUGCUGGUUCGUCGCUAUGGGAACCAGGCGGGGUACAUACCUUAGCCUGCUAAUGAAGAUGGCUAUCAAUCGGCCUCUUCCUCUAUUCUCUUCACUCUUUUCUCUUUCCGACCUUCAAUUCUCCUCCUGCCUCUUGUCCUUCGCUGCCUGCCUGCUCUCAUCUCUCCUGCUCCUCCUCCCAAAUCUCUCCUCUGUCUCCUCCUCACUCUCUCUAUCUCCUCCCCUAUCUCCUCCUUCAUGUCUCCUCCUUCCUGUCUCCUCCAUCCUGUCUCCUCUCCUCUGAGCCACUCACACGCUACACACCUAUAAACUGAAGCGUGUCGAAGCUUUUCACACCUCCAUUUUAUUUACCAGGUUGUCAGCUGGGAUUUAGAAUUGUGCAGACACACACACAAAGACACACGCACACACACACACACACACACACACACACAAACCGGUCUGAAUGGAUGAGAGUGGAGAUCAUAACAUCUUGUUUACCUUCUCAACUAAAGAGAGGGAGGUGAAAGGAUCAGAGAUUGGGCAUACAGACAGGAAGAUGUGUGUGUGCUUAUGUGUUUAUCCACAGAAUGAUUUGUUGCAUGUAAAUAUGACCCUGUGACCAAAAAAGAUAUAUACUUUAAAGAAUAUAUAGAACUAUACUAUAUACAUCAUGUGCUGUGAUUAAUUCUCUUGUGUUGAAACUUGUUGACUGUCAAUAAAGAUAUGUGAAAACAAA